AUGAAAAACCCACCUACUAUCUUCACGGUGAAUAACCCAACUAACACGAAGCAGAAAAGAGAGACUCGUGACUCUUGCAACCAAGUUGAACAGGUAGAGGUAGAUUACAACGAUGUCUCGUCUCUUGCCGCCUCUCUCGAGAAACAUAAUAUAGAUACCGUAAUCUGCACCAUUGGUAUGAUCUCUCCCGAGGCAGGCCAGUCUCAAGUGAACCUCAUCCAGGCUGCGGAGAAGUCUUCUGUAACCAAAAGAUUUAUUCCCAGUGAAUAUUCAUUCGUUCAAUCAGAAGAGAUCCUUCAUAUCACUCCCGGAGUGAGCCUAUAUAUUGCUGCAACCAAUGCACUCAAGGAGACCAAAUUGAAGUAUACUCGAAUCUUUCCCGGUUACUUUAUGGACUAUUGGGGUAUGCCGAAUGUCCGCACUCGUUUGAAGCCACUCGCUUAUGCAGUUGAUAUCCCCAACCGCCGAGCUAUACUCCCAGGUGAUGGUAAUAAUGUCGUUACCUUCACUUAUUCAUACGACAUGGCCAAGUUCAUUGCAAAGUUACUUGGCACGGAGGAAUGGCCAGAGCUUGCGUAUAUGGGAGGAGACGAUCUUACUCUGAAUGAGUUGGUAAAGAUGGCGGAGGAAAUUAGUGGUAUGAUCCUGACAGGCGACACUAUCCUUAUGUUCACGACUGAGCUAACUUUUUUUUGUUUUUUUUUUCGGGCUUCCACAGGCACCAAGUUUGAAGUUUCUUAUGACCCUCUGGAGAAGGUAAAGAACAACGAGUCCACCCCUCUGCCUCAGUCGGACAAGGUGGUAUACCCCCCCGAAAUCGUCAGCUGGGUUGUUUCCUAUGAGUCAAGUUGCCAUUAUAGACGGGUUCAAGCUACCGAAGGAUAA